AUGAGGAAGCCUGUCUGAGAGGGAGGUGGCUUUUUCUCCUCCCUGCAGGCUGGUGAUAGAACCAGGAGCAGAAAAUGACAAAGUGACAUCCACAGCUGGCUUGGCAUAUGGGACCACCCACAGGGAGGAACAUGAGCGGGUCCAAUAACAUGAACUGCUCCUUCAGUGACGUGGACAACUUGUCAUCCACACUGCAGUUGGCUGUGCACAUCCCCACCUUCUUCCUGGGCCUGCUGCUCAACCUGCUGGCUAUCCGGGGCUUCAGUGGCUUUCUGAAGAAGAGGUGGGAGGGCUAUGCUGCCACGGCCAUCUACAUGAUCAACCUGGCCGUCUUCGAUCUGGUGCUGGUUCUCUCCCUACCAUUCAAGAUGGCACUGUCUUACCAUAGGGCACAGUCCCAGCCCCUCUGCACCAUAGUGGAAUGCCUCUACUUUGUCAGCAUGUAUGGAAGCAUCUUCACCAUCAGCUUUAUCAGCCUGGACCGCUACCUGGUCAUCCGCUAUCCGAUGCUGUUCAGCCACUUCCGGUCCCCCACAAAGACCUUCGGCAUCUGCUGCACCAUCUGGGUCUUGGUGUGGUUGGGCAGCAUCCCAGUCUACAGGUUCCAUAAAGGCCAGAAGAGCUACAGGUGCUUCCACAACAUGACAAACGACACCUGGAAGCCUGAGAUCGUCCUCCCUCUUGAAGUCUUCGGCUUCUUGCUGCCUCUGGGCGUGGUGGUCUUCUGUUCCUCCAGAACCAUCUGUGUUCUACUCAGUCGCCGAAACCUCACCCAGGACUGGGCCCAGCAGAAGGCCUGCAUCUGGACCAUCGCAGCCAACUUGGCCGUCUUCGUGAUCUCCUUCCUCCCUGUGCACCUGGGCUUCCUCCUACAGUUCCUGGUGCGUAACAACACAAUUAUGAAUUGCCCAGCCAAGCAGAGCAUCAGUAUGUUCCUGCAGUUGUCCUUGUGCUUAUCCAACAUGAACUGCUGCCUGGAUGUCUUCUGCUACUACUUCAUCAUCAAAGAGUUCCGUGCAGGCCUCAGGGCCCACCGUCCUUCCAGGGUACCGCUGGUUCGUCAGGACACUGUGAACACCAGGAACUAAAGGGAGAAAUCCCAGCCCAGAAUACGAGCAGCAGACACCCUGCACCGAGGUGUUUACUAUGACCUGACGAAACGCAGUGCCUUUACCACCAGGCUUCCCCUGCCAACACUUGUUGGGUGCCAUCUUUGUUCAUAGCACCCAAACAAAGAUGUCUUCCUGGCACCCAACAGUUUCACAAAAGUCACCCAGAAUUUUGGAGGUUUCAGAAGAACCCCAGAAGUAGAUGGAGGCUUGAUUUCUAAGUCCAUGCUUUUGCACGAAGUGGAAGAGUUGAGAAACGGGGUGAGGUCAUGUGAAUGAGACUGAUUCCCAACUCUCCCCUUCCUGCCCUGUUAGAAGUUAAGGUUCUGGAAGGAACUAGAGAGAUGAACUAGGAGAAUUAAGAGGGUUGGUCAUGGCAGAGGCUGGCCUGGGCUCUGAUGGAAAUGUUAGGGAUGAGUCAAACCCAUUUUUAUUUUUGAGGUCUCAGGGUGGAGCAGCCUUUCCGGUCCCUUGUGGGGCUUUGCUGGCUAACAACCUCACAGAAAUGACAGUCGGUUGUGUACGAGUG